CGCUUUCCACUUCAAGUCCGCGCGUUAAGUCCGAGGUUACUCUUGUAUCAGCCAGUCCUCUCUCAGUCGUCGAAUCUCGCUGAUCAUUGCGUUCCAUCAUUGUGCAAUUAUUACUAAUAAGGAAAUAGCCAGAUAGAUAAAAUGCAAAUGUUGCGCUAACGCGUUUGAUAGAGACGGGGUUCGGCGAGAUAAGAACAGACGAAGAUAAGGAAGACGAAGAUAAGGAAGUCCAAAGGAGCGUUUCCUCAGCUUCAUUCUGUCAGCAGCAUUUCCUCCGAGUCGACCGCAUUAUGUCGCGAUCAUCGUCCCUCUCGUGUAUCCGCGUGAUUGUUCUCGUGUUACUUUGUGCCGCCAAGCAAAUCGAAACAUCCAACGACACGAACAACCGCCUCCUGCCCGCCUAUGCCAUCGCCUCAAGAGCCGAUCUCCUCAAUUCGACAACGUGCAAGGAGGAAUUGCGGGACUUCCGUAAAGCCGUCGACCAUCGGAUACUAUGGGGUCUCAAAAUACUAGACUCCAGCGGCGGGCCUAAACCGGGUUUCCUUUAUGGAAACAACUUCUGGCUGGGUAGCCGUAGCCAAUGCCAGGACACGAUGAUUUCAGAUCCUCUGGAUCUGGCGGAACGCGAAAUAUUAAAUAUUACGCUAUAUCGCGACCCGCGAGAAGAAGUUCCACCCUUCGAAGUACAUUACUUCCUCGCUCGUUUCAGGCACAACAGUACUCUUCAAAUCCACAGUACGUUAACCAAUGAGGAUUUAAUUGCUCUCGGCCUCUGUUUACCGGCAUCCUGCUCUACGAACGAUCUAGGCUUCAUUCUGGAAGGAAUAUUUCGCGACAGAACUCUUUUGGUUGGUAAUGUUUACUCCGCGGAUUUUAAACUGGUUGAAGUCAAAGAUCUGAAAGACGAUCAUCAAUGGUUAUUCAGUGGGGCAAUAUUUUUCAUAGGGUUCGUUUUAGCGUUCACUUGGAUCUUGAUGAUAAUCGGAACGAUAUACGAUAUAUUCGUGUAUCAGAAGUACUUGAAAGCGAAAAAUUUUCUUUGCACUUAUCGCGAGAAUACGACUUCGUCCCUAAAGAUACCGAAUUGCGACGCGAGCGAUGCGAAAGAUGUACUGGAAGACCCGGAACCGGUGUCCUCGUUUCUACGCAAGGAAAACAAAAUCGGACAAGUAUUAGUGUGCUUUUCCGUUUACACAAACACACGAAUUAUAUUCGACACAGAACUGACCACCAAUGCGAUACCCGUGAUACACGGCCUGAGAUUUCUAGGCAUGGUCUGGAUAAUCAUGGUUCACACUUUAUAUUACUCGAUUGACUACAUCGACAAUAUGCCUUGGAUUAUAAGACAAAGCAACAGCGGUUUCGCCGUUCAAAUACUCAGCAAUUCGACAUUAACGGUCGACACUUAUUUCUUUCUGAGCGGAUUUCUUCUGGCCUACACAUAUCUGUCACAUCGGGAAUCAAUGCACAAAACGCAGACCGAGCCGAUUAAUUACACGACCAAGCUGAAAGAGUUCUUUGUCGGCGUAACGAAGAGAUUAUUCCGGCUGACACCUGCUUACAUGAUGACGAUAGGAAUAGUGUACUUGAAUUCAUCCUGGUACAACAAGACCUCGCAGUUUUACAUGAACGAAAGACCGUACGAGACAUGCGCCAAAUACUGGUGGAGGAAUCUCUUGUACAUAAACAAUCUGUUCAGUCGUAGCUCGAUGUGCAUGUCCUGGAGUUGGUACCUUUCCAAUGAUAUGCAAUUCUUCGUAAUCGGCUUUAUUCUACUGAUCUUGUCGACCAUAUACUUUUACACGACAGUCGUCAUACUAUGCAUACUCUUGAUAGGCACGAUUGUACUCAGCGGUUACAUCUCAUACGUUAACGACUACGUGCCGACGCUGGACGAACAAUACAGACUCUUGGACGUUCUGUACGACCCGCCGUGGACCAGAAUAGGUCCUUACAUCAUCGGAAUGAUUACGGCUUAUGUAAUACUAAAACUGAACAAAAAAUUGAUCUUAAAAAGGAGGACUGUAAUUUUGUGUUGGUGCCUUGGUAGCGCUUGCAACAUAUCCGUGUUGUUCGGCCUUUACGAGCGACACAUAUCUGUUCUCGCUGCCGCAUUUUACGUCGCAUUAAGCAGAACGGUCUGGGCGAUAGGUCUGGCAUGGAUUUUACUAGCGUGUUAUACUAAACACGGAGGCAUAGUCAAUCAGUUGUUGUCGUUCAAGGGCUGGAUCCCUUUAAGCAGACUCACGUUCUGCGCUUACCUAUUAAAUCCCUUCAUCAUAAGUUCGAUUCAUCUGCACAGAGAAUCGAACGUGCACGCGGACUUUCUACCUACAGCAGCCCUGUUUCUCGGGAACCUGGCGAUUAGUUACUUUUGCGCCUACGCGUUGAGCUUGAUGUCGGAAACGCCGUAUAUAUUGUUGAUACAAAAAUUCUUGCAGCGCAAAAAAUGAAAUGAUAAAUUGAGCGCAACACCGCAAUAUAGAGACACAUUAAUAUAAUUAGCAUAAUUGCUGGUAAUUAGUUUAAUUAUUUGUGCGUCUGAAGGAUUGAAUGAGAAUGCGUCUCUAGUAAAAUAGAGUCGGCUUUACACGGCGAUGUACUUUCUCGCAUUCCAUAUCACACGUCUAAUAAAUGUUCGUACGAGA